AUGCGUUUAAUUUUAUUAUUAAUAAUAAAUAUGAUUGGCAUUUAUUUGAAUCGUCUUUUGGAUAUAACAAUGCGUUCAGCAUACAAUAAAUUAUGUGAAAAUGCAGUUAUUCGUGGUUCGUUACUUAACGAACAUACAUUAAUAUCGAAAAUGAUUGAUUCAUUAAUGCUACGUAAAUAUGCUAAAGUAAUUAUGGAAGAUUUUGAUGUAUUUCGUGAACGUGUACAAAAUGUUAAUGCAUCACGUCAAGGUGAUGACGAUUUACAAAUGACUAUUUUUCGACCAUUACAUAUUGAAAGAAUGGAAAAUGUUUCAAUUUUAUUUGCUGAUAUUGUCGGUUUUACUCAUAUGUCAUCGAAUAAAAGUGCAUCACAAUUAGUAUCAUUAUUAUCCGAUUUGUAUGGACGAUUCGAUGAUUUAUGUGUUCAAAUGUCAUGUGAGAAAAUAGCUACUUUAGGUGAUUGUUGUUAUUGUGUUAGUGGUUGUCCUGAACCACGUGAAGAGCAUGCAAGAUCUUGUGUUUUAAUGGGUUUAACUAUGCUAAAUGCUAUCGAAGAAUUUGAUCAAGAUAAUUCCGAAUAUGUCGAUAUGAGAGUUGGUGUUCAUUCAGUUCAUGGAACUCGUAUUUCUCGUCAAUCAUGUACUUUAUUUUUGGCUAUUGUUUUAAUACAUGAAAUUACUCAUGCAGUUAAAUAUUUUAGCAAGAAACAGACAACCACACCAGAAUUACAAUUUUUUAGCACAUAUUCAAGUCCCGAUGAACACGAUGGUGGAAAUGCAUUGGAGCAUGAAUUGCUUUCUGGUGAAAUCCAUAUUAAUCGUGAUUCCACACAUACGGACGUGGAAUUGUUUAUCCUUGGUGCUGAUGGCCGUAAUUUUAAACUGUCGCCAUCAGAUAUUAAUUAUUGUUUAUUAAAUAAUAGUCUUCGGUCAUUAUCAUCAUUAGUUCAGCGGUUACGCUUGAAACGUCGACGUUUGAAUGAUGGCAGAAAAAUUCAAUACAAUUAUUCCGAAUCGCCUGAUUCCGAAAAACAAAAAAACGAUCAAGAACUGUCUCCAGAUGAUCCGCUAUUACAUGUUUCAUCGGAUGAUGUUAAUGGAACAGGUUAUCGUUAUAUUUUACCGGAAAAUAUCUUUAAAACAUUUAUUGUUAUAUCCGAUCGUCGUACACAAAUUGCUGCCCAGGACGAACAUUACAGUGGCCGUAAACGGUGGAACCCAACUACCGUAAACGUUAAAAACAGUGCCGUGACACGGUCGUAUUUUGAACGAAACGACAGUUUACGACAACGAGAAUCGUCGUAUAUUAACAUAUACAGCCGUUUACGACCAACACGACUACCGUACAUCAAAAUGAUAAUCCCAUCAAAACAACAUCGUACACCAGAUAAUCAAACACCUAGUUCGGCACAACGAACAUGUAUGAAACUUGUUUUUUUUCGGUUUUAUUUAGCUGCUAAACGCCCUAAUCCAUUAACAACAUUACAAGAAGAUGAAUCAGUUGCUAGUGCAGCACAAGUUCUGCUCUUCAAAUACCUUUUGCAUCAGGUCAAACACCGAACAAAAAUCGACAUUUAUUUUAAUAUAAACAAAAAUCUCUGUUUAGGUAUGGCAUUUUCAUCACUGACAUUUACAACAUCACCUGCACAAAGUAAUAUGAACAAUAGCGCUUGUACACCAAUGUCAACACCAUUUCGAGCUCGAUCUGAUCUUAUGUAG